AUGCGCACCACCUUCGCCACCUUCGGCCUCGCCGCCCUCGCCGCUGCCCAAGUCCCAGAAAGCUACUCCGGCUCUUUCCCACCCACCUCCGCAGCCGCCCCAGCUACCUCCGCCCCAGCCACAGCAGGAGGCGACGUCCUGACCCUCAGCUACGGACCCGCCUCCUCGAGCAUGGCAUCCAUGUCAUCCGCCAUGUCCGCCAUGUCAUCCCCCGCCGUCUCCGGCUCCGCCAGCGUCGACCCCAUUCUGACUUCCGUCUCUGUCCCCGCGAUGAUGAACGGCACCACGACCACGAUCCCUUGCUCCGCUGCCGCUUGCACCGACACGGCCGCCACUGAUGCGCCUGUCGCUCCGGUCACGACGAAGAGUGCUUGUCCUCCGAAGAACGGCACUGCGCCUGCUGCUACUGCGCCGGCUACGGAUGCGCCGACUGGUUCUGGACCGGCUGCUACUCCUAGUGGUGGGGAUGAUGCUCCGGUCUACACCGGCGCUGCCGUCAAGGCUGGAGUUAGUGGACUGUUGCUCUUUGGCGCUGCUAUGUUCUGCGCUUAG